AUGGUUGUGCACAGUUUUUAUGUUAUAAAUCGAAGUGGUGGUUUAAUAUUUUCCUAUGAACAUUCGAUACCAAAAAUUGAAUUAGAAAAAACAUUUAGCUAUCCACUGGAUUUUGUUCUUAAGCAAGGUCAAAAAGGUGUUGCUGUUGAGUUUGGUCAACGUGAUGGAAUCAAAGUUGGCCAUACAAUUCUAUCUAUUAAUGGAGUACCCACCCGAGGAAAUAAUAUUGAUUUUUCUUCUCCAUCACCAUCAGCAACUACAGAUGAUGAUCAACCAGUAGCAACAUCAACAAGUCAUGAUGUUAUUGAAUAUUUGUCUGAUCCAGUAAAUUAUCCUGUAACAAUAAAAUUUGGUCGAACAAGAUUAAAUGGUAAUGAAAAAUUAAUCUUAGCUUCAAUUUUUCAUUCUAUGUAUGCGAUCGCAUGCCAAUUGUCACCCGAACUCAAUUCAACUGGCAUACGUGAAUUAGAGACCGAUCAAUUCAAACUUAAUUGUUUUCAAUCGGUUACUGGUAGUAAAUUUAUUGCAUUAACGGAUAUAAAACAAGUUAAUGUCGAUGCAUUAUUAAAACGCUCCUAUGAAUUGUACACUGAUUAUGCAUUAAAAAAUCCAUUCUAUUCAGUCGAACAACCGAUUUGGUGUCCUCUAUUCCAAGAGAGUGUUAAGCAAGCUAUUGACUCUUUAGAAAAAACUGGUUUACCUAAUGCAUAA